GCCAGAAGCGGAGAGACACGGAAAGAGAUGAGGUGAAGUAUGUUGCCAACUCGGUCCCUCUUUCUUGCCAUGAAGAAAGCGAAUUGUCUCUUGUCUUCCUCGGCUGUUUUAAGGUGUCGAUAUCUGGCCGUGGCCGCCAUCGCCUGGGUCUGCCUGUAUUCUCUACACUUCACAGGCCAACAGCUGCACUACCGAGACAAGAGUGUAAAAGGCAACACCCAGAGUAGUUUGCUUGUUGGUUCUACAUCACUCGACGUAAGGAAUCGUGUUUUACCAAACAGCUGUCGGUGCCAGUCUAUGUUUACUGUGGGCGCCUGUGGACUCGAACAGGUAAUUUCUAUGAGGCCUCGUGACACCAGCUGGGUUUCGGCUUUGAGGGGGCUAGGGCGGUCUCGCAAAAAGGGCGAUGUGCUUAUGAUGCCCCACCUGGCUACCCUGUCGAGGUACUUGCCCCGAAAGUUUGCCGUUAAUGUUACAAACACGAAGAAUGCCACGCUGGAGCUGAAAGCCAAUGAGAACGUUACCAGAUCUUUGCAACUGUUGCCCUUUGUUCCAUGUAAAGUACACGUGUACAGACCGAGUGAGGCUGCAGAAUGUGUGCAAAAGUACAAAGACACUGGAUCCCCACUCCAAAUUGCCUACGUUGGGGACUCACGCGUCAGGAACACCAUGCAGCAAAUGAUUCGGGCAGUCCUAUCCACGAUCGACCUAAGGCUGGCCGGCGAGCAGAAAAAACUCGACAUCAACCUUGAAUUUCUCGACCGAAAGUCCCACGUCAAUGUACCUGUCGUGGGAGAAGGAGUGGAGCUGCGCCUUCACUGGUCCGCUUUCUUGGAUAGACAGCGGAAUCCCGAAGACGUGAGCAAGCAGGGCGCCCGUGACCUCCUAGAGGCAUGGGCAGCGGGAACCCCGUCUGCUCUUGACGGCCCGAUACCCGACAUUGUCUACAUCUCGUCCGGUCUCUGGGACACAGCCAUGAACAGUGAGGACGCUGCUGUGGACGAGUUCAUGUACACACUCCGCGUGAUGUCUCCUAUAUUAGAGAAGCUGUCCCAACUCACACGCGUCAUCUGGCACGUUCACGGACCUAUCAAGAAAUGGGUGGCGAUACGCGACGUUCCAAAUACGGCACUUGACAUGAUGAACAGAGCCGCGUGGAUGAGACUCGAGCAAGCUGGUGUAUGGCUCUGGGACACACACACUGUUAUGAUGUUAAAGCAGCAUGUGGAGUGCCAGGCUCUACAUAGAGCGGGCCUAUCCAAAUUAGUGCCACACACAUGGGGAUGCUUGGAUUUCCAACACGCAGGGCAUGAUGUGGAAGAUGCGGCAGCUAACAUGCUCUGGAAUCUUGUCUGUAAUCGGGUGCUAAAUGUGCAUUCUGAUCAUUGUUGCUAAUGAUGACUUCCAUUAUUAGUUUGAUGCUUGAACCUCAACAUUUUUGCAAGGUGUGCACUGGAUAACAUAGGCCGAGAGUCGACUAUGCGUGUGUGUAUAUAUAUAUAUGAAAUACAAAAAAUCGACAUUUUCCAUUUCCCCACCCCAUCUCUCUCUCUCUCUCUCUCUCUCUCUCUCUCUCUCUCUCUCUCUCUCUCUCUCUCUCUCUCUCUCUCUCUCUCUCUCUCUCUCUCUCUCUCCCUCUCUUCUUCUUCUUCUUCUUCUUCUUCCUCAAUAUGAUACUCAUUCAUUGUUACGCAUUUGUGUUUAUCACAAAUCUAUAUGUA